CCUCACCCUUCGUUACACACUCUCACCUUGUUAUUUUAUCCGUUAACUCCGUUAUUUACUCUGUUAACUCUGAAGACACUUGAUGGCGGCGAAUUCCUACUCCUUCCCUUCCUCUUCUGCCACCUUACUAUUCAGUAGAACCCAGAUCAAGUUCUACAUCUGCGUUCUGUUACAGAACCUGAUCUGGGUUCUGCAACCCAGUUGCAGCAUUCUGUUGCAAAAGUCAGAUCUGGGUUCUAUUAUAGAACCCGAUUUGGGUUUUGCAACCCAGAUGCAAAACCCAGAUAGGAGCAAGGAAGAGAAGGAAGAAGAGGGGGAGGAGAGGGAAAGAAAAUCAAAGAACCAAGGCUGGGUGAAGAGGAAAGUUGUGUUGGGUGAAAAGGAGAGCUGUUGGGUUAACGAAAGAAACGAAGAUAAAUGGAGAGAAACGGAGACGAACCCGAUUCUGCUCUUCUUCUUUCCCGUCUCCCCUGCAGCCGAAGAAGACCCAGGCCCCCGACACACCUCCCUUAAGAAAACCGGUGAGAAAGCUUGGAUUUCUCCUUCUCUUCUUGCUCUAAAACACAUGUAGAACCCAGAAACGUUCCCCCUCUCUGCAGAAAUCCAGAUCUGCUCGGUUUCUCCCCUCCCCUGUCCGUGAGCUGCAGCUUGUGGGUGCAAAAUUCUGGGCUUUUUCGAUUUUGGGUAAACCCGUGAGCUUUCCCUGCAGCUUGCCGCCGGCCUCUUCCCCCCUGCAGCUUCGGUUUCUGCAGCUGGAAAUUUUGGAAACGAAACCGAAGACAAGGAAACCACGGGAAGUGACGAGUUAGAAGGCUAGCCAUUUCGAGAUUGAUAUAGAUUUUAGAUAUAGAUCAUGAUCUUGUAAACUGGAUUGGAUUUGGAGAUUUUAUGAUAUUGGAGCAAAUUAUAAAAUCUCUUCAAAUUUUGUGGUAUCAGAUGUGAAUUGGAUAAGUUUCCAGCCUUGUGCAUUUGUGGGAUCCACUCAUGAGUGCACAGCGUUUGUCACGUCUUCGGAUUUGGGUUCUGGGGCGUGACACAAAGUGU